UCUCACUGGCCAAAUUCAUUCAAGUCGGUCGUGAGUUGGUGAUUGCUACGUAGGCCUGGCCAUCUUCUAAAAACGUGGCUCAAAUGAAAUCCCUUUGCUCUCAAUCCACAUCAGAUCCGCCCAGCCUCAUCCCCUCACUCCGCAUCGUCCGCACGCCUCACGCUUAAUCUAGUCCAGUGCUUCUUUCAUCAUGUCGACCUUGUCCACUCCUCAGACAGGUGCGCCCAUUAAGGCCGCCCGCACUCGCGGAGCCUCUCACAUCGACUUCAAAUCGGCUACCACUGGUGUAGCUGCAAAGGCGAUGCGCAAUGAGGUUAACAAGCUCGUUGCAGGCAUUGAAGACCCUGUUGCACGCAAGGCUUUUGAUGCGGAGAUGAGCUCUUUCUUCACACUGUUCAAUCGCUAUCUUACCGAGCGGGCAAAGGGCGAGAAGCUCGACUGGAACAAGGUCCAAGCUCCUGCUCCCGAGCAAAUCACCCCAUACGCUCAGCUGAAGGAUGGCGCGGAUCCUUCCAUUCUCAACAAGCUUGCAGUGCUGAAGCUCAAUGGAGGUCUCGGAACGACCAUGGGCUGCACUGGACCGAAGAGUGUCAUUGAGGUCCGCGAGGGCAUGACUUUCCUGGACCUUUCAGUUAGGCAGAUCGAGCACUUGAACUCCAGCCACAACGUCAAUGUCCCUCUCAUCCUCAUGAAUUCCUUCAACACUGAUGAUGACACAGCUCGAGUCAUUCAGAAGUACGCAAACCACAACGUCGAGAUCCUCACCUUCAACCAAUCACGCUACCCUCGUGUGAACAAGGAAAGUCUCCUCCCUUGCCCUCGCAGCGCCACCUCCGACAAGAGCUUGUGGUACCCACCCGGACACGGAGACUUGUUCGACGCUAUGCACAAUUCUGGCUUGCUGGACCGCUUGAUUGCUGCAGGCAAAGAGCACAUCUUCGUGUCAAACGUUGACAACUUGGGCGCUGUGGUGGACCUGAACAUCUACCAGCACAUGAUCGACACGCAGGCUGAAUUCAUUUCUGAGGUCACAGACAAGACAAAGGCUGAUGUCAAGGGUGGUACUCUGAUCGACUACAACGGAACCAUCAGAUUGCUAGAGAUUGCCCAGGUUCCAAGCGAGCACACUGAAGAGUUCAAGAGUGUCAAGAAAUUCAAGAUCUUCAACACCAACAACCUGUGGCUCAACCUGAGGGCUAUCAAGCGCGUGCUUGAAAAUGAUGAGCUUGACCUCGAGAUCAUUGUCAACAACAAAUCGCUGGACAAUGGCGAGGCUGUGAUUCAGCUGGAGACAGCAGUCGGCGCAGCUAUCAAGCAUUUCCGAGGUGCAAAAGGCGUGAACGUGCCCAGAUCUCGCUUCCUGCCAGUCAAGAGCACCGGAGAUCUCUUGCUAAUCACUUCAGACCUGUACACAUUGGAGCACGGCAAGUUGCUGAUGAGCGCUUCAAGGCAGUUCACCCAAACUCCCGUCAUCAAACUGGGAGACACCUUCAAAAAGGUGGCCAACUUCCAGAAGAGGUUCAAGACGAUCCCGAACAUUGCGGACCUGGAUCACCUUACUGUCUCGGGAGAUGUGGUUUUCGGACGCAAAGUCAUCCUUGCUGGGACCGUCAUCAUCAUCGCCACCGAAGGCAGCCACAUCACCAUUCCGGAUGGAAGUGUGCUGGAAAACAAGCUGAUCAGCGGCAACCUGUCCAUCAUUGACCACUAAGUCCGGUUGGUGGACACGCGUCAAGCUGUGCUCAGAGCGGCACCAUGGACCCAAGACUGCAUUAGACUUCUUGCCCGCUCUCACCAAGUGCUCCGUUGUACAUAUUCGCACAAGAUCGUUACGAGACUGAAUGCGAUCCGCCUGCUUGCUAGACUUCUU